AUGAAAUACUGCUGUCCCUACCCCCAGUGCAAGAGCCGGCUUGUCGUGGCCAACAAACACCCCAUCGAGCUGCUGGUACGGGCUUCUGCCGCCUCGGAGGACGCCCUCAAGGUCCAGAAGGCGGCCCUCAAUUUCGUUAACAGUAAAGAUGUCGUCGCCAGUGACAGUGAAAAGACGGACACAAAGGCCAUUGAGAGCGAGAAGAGCGAAUUGAAAACCGACGCCGCUGAAGCGACCCAUGUCGCAACCACAAAUCCCGACUCGGAGUUCUUCCUGCCAUUUUACGAUCCCUUCGACUUUGACAAUAUCUCUGUGACUAAGCCUGUGUUCGAGGCUGGUCAAGAACCGUCUCUAAUUUCUAGCGACGGAAAGACCACGGUUUCCAUCGAACGACUCUUGGCAUGUGCUGAGUGCGACCGGGGACCCUUUGGAGUGAUUGGCAAGGUCUCCAACGUUGGCACCCAUGACGGUCUGACCCAUGAUAAGAACGUCUAUCUGCUGAGACCCGAGUCUGUGGUUGUUACCGAGAGCUGA